UCUCCCAACCGUGAUAUCUCGUGACACCGGUAUAUGACCGUUGACCGGAGAAUUUUGUAUAUAUUUAUGCAUAUAAAAUCAGUGCCUUGCAUCAACAAGUAUUUUGGUCAUUUUUUUAAAAAAAUUGACAAUCAAGUUAAUAGUUAUUAUUCAACUCAUAAUAAGAAAAUGAAUCCUGGAUUAAAUUUAAUUGCUGCUGCUUGUGAGGGAAUGGGAAUUGGGAUCAAUGGAAAUUUACCCUGGCGUUUAAAAAGUGAAAUGGCAUUUUUUACGAACAUGACCAGCAAUACUGAAGAUUCAAAUAAACAAAAUGUCGUUCUUAUGGGUAGAAGAACUUGGGAAUGCAUUCCAAAAAAAUUUAGACCGUUAAAAAAUAGGAUAAAUAUGGUUUUAACAUCACAAAAAUUGGAUCUAGGUGAUGAAGCAAUCGUAUGCCACAGUUUACAAAAUGCAAUUGAUGAAAUUGCUUCUUCUCCUUUGAAGGAUAAAGUGGAAAAAGUUUGGGUCAUUGGAGGUGGAUCGGUUUACAAAGAAGCAAUGAGUUCACCUAAUUUUCAUAAACUUUACUUGACGAGGGUAAAAAAACAAUAUGAAUGCGAUACAUUCUUCCCAUCUUUACCAAAGAAUCUUGUACUUGUCGAUGAUCCAAAUGUUCCUCAAGGAAUACAAGAAGAAGGUGAUAUUCAAUUUGAGUACGAAGUUUAUAAAACAGAGCAAUAAAA